AUGAGCUCACAGAAAGAGACGUCCGCGCCAGCAGGCACAGAAACUGCAAGUAAGCAAAAUGACAUUAACAACACUGCUGCUUCAGCAGGAAAUGAUUUGAAAGAUAAUCACGUUGAGAAAAAAGAACAUGGAAAAACUAGUGGAAACGAAUACACCUCAAACCCAAACAACGCUGUACCUCCAGUACCCCUGUCACCUACACCCAAUUUUUAUUAUGCUAACGGACAAAAUUAUGUGGAUCAACAAACUGCUAUCGCUGCAGAGGCUUAUCAAGCUGCUAUGGCUGCUGGCUAUGAUCCGAGUGAUCCGAACGCUUUUGCGGCCUACGGUCACUAUGGAAUGCAUCCUUCAUAUUCACAGUAUUAUUCGGCAGAUUAUGGAACUGGAUAUCCAGGAACGCCACCGCUUCAAGGGCAAACAUCACCUUCACUCGCUCCACAACCUUUGAGUCCUUAUUUCACCGCGACCAGUCCACCAAUUGCAUAUUAUCCUACUUCUCCCCAAGUAGGACCAACUGGAUUGAUUCAUUCACCACCUAUGCACCCUUACUUGUAUUCUCCACAAUCACCUUAUGGCAUGCUUCACACACUUUCACCAACACUUUCCCAUACGUCAUCAUCCGCACCUAAUUCUCCACCUUUACAGUAUUUACCCGGUCCUGGUGUUCCAUCUCCCAAAGUUGCCCCUUUAAACAACAACAAUGGUCGUAACAGUACUAACCGAUCUCAACCCCAUUAUAAUUAUGGAAGAAGAAAUUCGGGUUCUCAUCAGAUCCCUAAUAUUCCUAAUUUCAGUAAUCCUACAAAAACGACUAAUAUAUACAUUCGUGGUUUGCCUCCUACAACGACUGACGAAUCUUUACACUCAAUGUGUUCAAUAUAUGGUUCUAUUACAUCUUCAAAGGCCAUUAUAGAUCAAAAGCAAGGAGACUGUAAAGGUUACGGUUUUGUGAUGUAUGAAAGUGAAGAUCAAGCGAAGCAUGCUAUUGAACAACUGACGCGAGUGGGAUUGCAAGUUUCCUUCGCUAAGGAAUCUUUCAGCACCCGACUAAAGAAUUUACAAGACUUGGCUUCGACAAAUAUAUAUUUGUCAAACUUACCUUUAGACAUGAAUGAACAACAAUUGGAAGAAUUAUUCAAACCUUAUAAAGUUGUAUCUAAUCGAAUCCUUAGGGAUGCUAACGGGACAAGUCGUGGGGUUGGCUUUGCUAGAAUGGAAGACCGUGAUUCUGCUUUGGCUAUUAUCCAAAAAUUUAAUGGAUAUCAACUUCCAGGAGCAAAUUUGCCUUUACAAGUGCGAUUCGCCGAUUCUUUAGCUCAAAAGAAGUUGAAAGGCCAAACAGCUAGAAAACGUAUGUGGAGAACCACUAGAGAAUUCGCAGCUUCCUUGGGUGGGAGAAUGAUUCCACAAGUACCUGUUACCCCUGAGCAUAUGUUGGGCAUGGCUGCCCCAGGGUCUCCGCCAGGUCCUGGUGCUUAUCUUCAGUAUUAUCCAGAGGGAGUUCAACCUGCUGGUGCGUACCCCCCUGGGUCGAUUUCGCCUCCUUUCGGUCCACAAUAUGUUGCAAGAUAUUAUCAACCAAUUUACCAAGGACCCGUUGUACAACCCGGAACGGAUGGACAAGUUGCUACCACCACUGCUCCUACGCCAAAGGCAACCGAAGCCGAAGCCCCAAUUAUAAGCACUAGUUCUAGUAACGAUAACACGGAAGAAUUGAACGAAAUGGUUCAAAAAAAACUAACCGUCGAAGGGAGUAGUGAAAAUGAUGUUGUCGUUGAAGGCGGCGAUUCCAAAUAA